AUGGCAUUGCCCAGCCUCACGAACACUCUGAUCAUCCUCAUCUCCUGCGCCUCCGGCCUCCCCGUCGGGGGUGGCUUCUACGACGAGGAAGUCAACGAGAACCAGUGGAUCCAAGCUGGAUUGGCACUCAUCCGACGCCUCGACUGCACUAGUCUAGUCAGCAUCAACUCCAAGGAGUGCACAAAAAUGCUGAUUUCACCGGCGUCCAGGUUCGUCGCGUACGUGGCCUCGGCAAGAAAGGAUUCUCACGGACUAGUAGUCCACCACCCUGGUGAGAAUGCCACAGUGACUGCGGGCAAGGAGCUAGUUGGGGUUCUGGUACUUGACCCUCUGUCCGAUCGAGCAUUUGGUCAUCCUCUCUUCAUUUUCCGAGUUGUCAAUCUGAACGGAAGCCGACAGCAAAUGCUUAAGCACUGCUCGGAGAAUCGCGGACUCAUUUACGGGAACGAGUGCAUUCAUCAAGAGGUGAAACCUGGUUGUCCGCACGUAUUCCUGUCUGCUGGCCAGCGACAAGAAGACCUCAAGUCGAAAGUGGGCAGGGGUGAAUGUGAAUAUCAAUUCCUGCCGAUAGUUACUUCACAAGAUCCCACGGCGCAGGCCAGUAACCUUCUGCAAUGCGUACCACACGCUGCUCCAUGCCUCUCGAAUCCGCGCCAGAGACAGAGGAGGAAGCGAUUGCACCGUAGACGCGUGCUCCUCUCCCAGUACCCGUAUGAGAGUCUAGCUUGGGGUCAGGAUCCGCAAUGGAUCAAUCCCCUUCAUCGCCGCGACGUCAGCACCUCGUUCCUGCCACAACGCCCCAUUCGACCUCCUACCGCCCCAUCCACCAAUCAGCGUCCACUGCCUACCGACGGCGACACUCUCUGCUCACCUUACGAUCGGUGCGACCACGCACUCCUAUUGGUCAGUACGCCAAACGGUCGACUGCACUCUAGCACGCAGAGACAAAGUAUGGUUGAGAAGUUAAAAUCUCUUGGUUUCGGCUCCGGAUUUCUUUCUGUAUUCCCGCCGGAGGAAACACCGCGCACACUCUACAAUUAUUUCGAAUUUCCCGCGAAGAAAAAAGAAGAGGCACACAACGCGUCAAUCAAGACGGCAUUUCGUGAAAAGGUGCAUAAAUUGUGCCACACUCCGCGAUGCGUCUCAACUCUCUUCCUGUACCUCAACAACUUUGUACUCCCAAAUGGCGACAUGUUAAUUGCCAAUGACAACUUCACGAGUCGAACUGAGCGGUACAGUGUGGCGGAGAUGCUGGACGACCUCAGUGGAUGUCAGGCCUCGUUGGUAUUCGCGGUGGUGGAUCAGAAUUUUGGUGGGAUUCUACUGGAUGGUCUCAAAGCACGUCCCAACGACUUCGCCAACCUAGUUCUCCUCAGUGCGACUCGACAGUCCAUCGCAGUUCACGAUGAGCAGGCAGAACCAGCAGAUUCCGGCGAACACAACAAGGAGGCGAACGACUGGCCACUGUCCAGCUUCUUCUACGGACGCCACUACGCCAUCAGACUGGGACACUAUGACUUGUACGGCGUCGAAGAUCUACUGACCUUCGCAAUCGAGAGUUUGCCGCUUUCGCACUUGCUCAUAGGCGAUAUUGAAAAGCAAAUAGAAAUGUACUACCCGAAUUUGGAGUUGGGUGUGUUUUACGGGAGUCGAGUGCAAACCCACUCAACGAUGCUCUUCACGAAGCCCCUGGCAGCCAAUCCGCACGAGGGUGGCUUCCUUCAAGGUCACCUGAGUGGUCAGGCGCGCGCGUUCAAUGCUGCGCCGCGGGGCCACGUGGCUGGGUGUGUGAGUUUGUCGCCGAUCGAUUGGCUACGGAAUUACCUGCCCUCAACGGAUCAAUCACAGCAACAAUGA